AUGAUGGACCAGCAUGAAACAACAUACACGUCUUUAAUCAGUGAGUUCAUACCAGUUAAACCUCGUAUUCGUAUACAGUGUGACAAUUAUGUAAUACCCAAAGUUGCCGAAAGCUUUGCACUGUACCAUAUGAACUCUCGUCUGAGCACAGUGGCCAAUGUCUGUGUCGAUGCAAAAAUUGUCGUGAUUGGCGCUUCCGACGUGGCCUUGUCGUUUUUGGAAAACUUAAUUUUCAACGCAUCCAAUCAUUAUGUGGUAUUCGAAAAUAUAACACUCGUGUCCGAUCGAGGUAUUCGUUUCAAAUACGAGCUUAAUGACUUAGAAAACGGGUUUUUGCCCAUAACUUCACAUUACAGUUAUGAAUAUAUGAAAUCAAUGUCGUUGAACACUUGGGUGAAUGUCGUGACCGGUACCGUGACGGCUAUAAAUAGGAUUGAUAAACAUAUAAUUGUUGACGAAUCACAUUACGUAUAUUAUGAUUACUUAUUCUUGUUCUGCGGCGAACAGUUUGUGUGCGAUUACGUUUGUAAGGAUAUUGACUUCGCGUCUAGUUCGGUGUCGCACGAUGCGGAAUCCGAAAACUCGGCAAACAUUGUGAGACCUAUCAAAAAUCUCUUUGUUUUAAACACCGAAGAAGACGUCUUGCACGCUUCCAUGUCUUUAGAAAAGCUGAAAGCUCAUACUAAAGAUGUGGUCGUUUACGGGAAAUGUCUCGAAUCGUUAACGGUGAUCAACACUUUACUCAAGUCGGGUAUCAAAGGAUCGCGCAUUGUAUACAUAGAGAAUAAACUAGAUGAAAAAAUGUCGUUCAUCGAAAGUGAAUACAUUGCAAAAAGAGUUUAUGAAGAACUGGUAAAAAACAAUGUGAAUAUUCAUAAGAGUUGUAGGUUUGUUGAGUGGAAAUUAAGCGAAAACGACACUCAAAUAAAUAAAUUGACAACGCUGAGCCAAUAUUAUUGCAUUGGUUUAGUAAUGAUUCGGGCUUCAAUGAAGUUUGACGGACAUCUUGUAGUUUCCAACUCGUUUCAAACCAACGACGAGUAUGUUUUGGCCGCCGGGCCAGUAGCCAAAUUUAACCCCAAUAAUCGGGAGGAUGGCAUGUUGAGUCACAGUUACUUCAAUAGCGUCGAAGUCGGAUCUAAUGUUGCCAAGACAUUUGGAGCUCUCGUAGGGGUUUUCGAGGAACCCAGCAGCAUUGAAUUGAUCCAACCGAUAUUUAUGUACUGUCAUUUGCCCAGAGAUUACCAAUAUCUCUACUGCGCAAUUCCGGGAUUUAAAUAUUACGAAGAAAUAACCAAAACGAUCAAAACUGGAGACAAGAAUACAGGAUACUUUGAGAUGACAUUGGAUGCGAAGGGCCUUGUGAUAGCAUUUUCUUGUUAUUCAAAAAAUAAAUUUCAUCAUUUGAAUCUAAUCCACCUUUGCGGGAAAAGUAUUUCACUAUUUGACAGUAUGCUUGAUCGUUUUGAAAAUAACACUUUACCGUGUCUUUUCGAGUACUUUGAAGAACCUUGGGCACAAGCAAUUUAUUCGGACAAAUUCGACUCCCUACUGGAAGUUCUCAAUAUGCACUGGUCGAACGUUAAAUUCAAGAUUGCAGAGUUGGCCAAAGUCACAAAAGUUGAGGAGGAAUUCAAAGAUAAAUGUUUAAAAUUAAUACAAAAUGUCAUGUUGAAGUUCGUCGAGGACAAUUUAGACGAACUUCCCAUGUAUUCGCAUCCCAUAACCAUUUCCAAAUUAUUGGAUGAACAGGCUAGCCUACCUAACGCUACCAAACAAUUUGGCCCCAGAGAAAGGAUCAGGUGUCCAUUUUUCCAACAAGACAGUUGCCCGCCCGGAGGAACAAACCGCCAGUGGCCAAGAUUCAAACCGGCGACCGUGCGUUGA